AUGAAAUUAGUGGGAUUUCCCACUGCUCGUACACCGGAGGCAUCGUCGAAGGAUUCUGAUUUGGAGUUUGAAGACGGCGGUGAUUGUGUGAAUUAUAGUGUGAAUUUUGUCACGGACAUGUUAUUUCCAACGUUUGAUGAUGUAGUUAAAUGGGAGGAUGCUGAGGGUCAUUGUAAAAUUAGUGGCUUGGGCCUGGAUGCAAAGAAGGUUGUGUGUAACAUGACAAAGUCCAAGGUUGCACCGCGUAACAUCAUGGCAACUAUUGCAGAGCAAUUUCCUGAUGAUCAUCCAAACAUCAGACACAUUUACAAUUGCCGGAAUGACUUGAGAACGGAGAUGUCUGAAGGCAGAGGAGUUGUUCAACAAUUUCUUCAUUUGGCGAGACAAAACCGUGAGCUUGGCCUCAGUGCGGCAUUGAGAGAAGUGUUUCUAGGGACGUCGCAUUUACUUUGUCGAUGGCACAUUAACAAAGAUGUGGAAGCUAGGGUGACUGAUAUGUUCAAAAAUAAGAGGAUCGGUGCGAGUUUUAAAAAUGGAAAAUGGAAACGUAUCAUGGAUGCUACAACCGAGGCGGAUUAUAAUGCUGCUGUAGCUACAAUGAAAGCUCGGUUGGCAAGUUAUCCGGCAAUGAUUACUUACGUUGAGAGAACCUGGCUUUGUCAUAAAAUCAAAUUUGUGACAUUUUGGACGAACCAAGUUCUUCACAUUGGUAACACGAGUAAUUGUAGAGUUGAGAGCCAACAUUCGGCAGCGAAGACGUGGUUUGAAUCAUUGACAAGUUCUUUGGAUACCGUAUGGGCCCGAGUACAUUGUCAUAUUGGUUAUCAGAUCAUUGCUAUUCGUAAUGGUUUGGAGGCAUCAAGAUCGAAAAUUGGUGAGAAGUAUAGACAAUUGCCACUGUCACGUAUAAAUGGCAAAGUGUCUCAACAUUGUUUGAAAGUUCUUGAUGAUGAGACGAGAAGGACGAGGCAAAUUCAUCCAUUCUGGAAGACCUUGGUUGUUGGUGUUGAUAUACCUGUGUUCGUUAACGAUUCAACUGAGGAAGCUACACAUUUUCGUUCCUUGGUUGAUGAGGUCAUUGGUAGUGAUCCUGUUGUACUUCGAAAUGUAUCUCGUAUCAUUGAAGAGGAGCUGCAUCCGGAUCAUACAAACCUUGAAGAACCACAUGUAAACCACAACGUUCGGGGUCAACGAAGGAACAAUGAUACCAGGCGUGAUCCUUGUUAUAUCGAACAUGUCAACCGUCGACACACUCAACGUGGUACACAACAAACAGGUACAACCUCAGGAUCGAUGUUGCCUUACAUCACGGCAUGGAAGGAUGUCAUUGGUGAUGGAAACUAUGGCUUUCGUUGUGUGUCUGACUUCUUCUUCGGUGAUCAAGAGCAAUGGUUUACCGCUCGGGAAACGAUAGCAAACGAGGUCGCCAGUCAUCCAACGUUGUACGAAAGGAUUUAUGGGAUUGGAAGGGUUUGGAUGAAUGUAGAACGUAUUCGAUGGGAUGGUGGGGCAGUCGAUUCACGGCAUUGGAUUGUAGCAAUUCAAGAUUUAUUUCCUAUUGCUACUUGGUUCAACGCAAGGGUUGGUGGACCGAGCACCACGAGCCAAGUGUUGAUGGAUGGGAUUAGCAAUAUGAAGUUAGAAGGAACAUAUGGGAUGCAUUAA